AUGACAUCAACAGAUAAGCUUCAUAUUUUAGUCGUAGGUUCCGGAGGCCGAGAGCAUGCAAUUGCCUGGAAGCUCUCUCAUUCGCCUCGAGUAGAACGAAUUUAUGUAGCACCAGGAAAUGGAGGCACAGAAUCCGGAAUUGAUAAAGUGUUUAAUAUCAACAUUAGUGUUAGUGACUUUGGUUCUUUAACCAAAUUUGCAAAGGAAAAUAACAUCAAUUUGGUUAUACCAGGACCCGAACAACCACUAGUUGAAGGAAUCGAAUUAGCCUUUAAAAAGAUUGGAGUAUCAUGUUUCGGACCAUCACCUAAAGCUUCGAUGAUGGAAGGAUCGAAAACUUUUGCAAAGGAUUUCAUGAAAAAGCACAAAAUUCCAACUGCGACUUAUGAGAAUUUCUCAGAAUAUGAGAAGGCAAGGGCUUACCUGGAGUCAAUAUCAUAUAAUGCUUCGGGUCUUGCUGGCGGUAAAGGAGUCAUAAUUCCGACUAAUAAUCAAGAAGCAUUGAAUGCACUGAAAAAAAUAAUGGUUGAUAAAGAAUUUGGAUCAGCGGGCGAUGAAGUUGUUAUUGAAGAAUUUCUUGAAGGUCAAGAAUUGAGUGUAUUGGCAUUCUCGGAUGGUUAUACUAUUAUUCCUCUUCCACCUGCUCAGGAUCAUAAGCGUAUUUUUGAUGGUGAUCAAGGACCAAAUACAGGUGGGAUGGGAUGUUAUUGUCCAACACCAAUCGCCACUCCUGAACUUAUCGCCCAAAUUCAGAAUACGAUCUUACAACCUACUAUUGAUGGCAUGCGACACGAUGGGUUUCCUUUUGUUGGAAUGCUGUUUACUGGAAUCAUGAUAACGAAUUCUGGACCUAGAGUGUUGGAGUAUAAUAUACGAUUUGGAGAUCCAGAGACUGAAGUUGCUUUACCACUUUUAAGUGAUAAAUCAGAUUUGGCAGACAUAAUUCUGGCUUGUGUUGAGAGACGGUUGGAUUCAGUGCAUAUUGAAACUAAACCAGGAUUUGCGGCAACCGUAAUUGCCGCUUCUGGUGGAUAUCCCGGAAAUUAUUCGAAAGGAAAAAAUAUUAGUUUUAAUAAUAUUCCUUCUGACACAUUAAUUUUUCAUGCGGGUACUAGUAUCAAAGAUGGAAAGCUUGUUACAUCUGGUGGUCGUGUGCUUGCGGUAACCGGUAUAGCACCUACAUUAAGAAAUGCGAAGGAUAAUGUUAUGACCUACGUUUCUGCCGGUGUUUCGAUUGAUUCUGGCAAUUCUCUUGUUCAAAAAAUCAAACCAUAUUUGAAAAGCACUAAACGCUCAGGUUCUGAUUGUGAAAUUGGAGGCUUUGGUGGAUUAUUUGAUUUGAAGACAGCUGGAUUUGAUGAUCCGAUUUUAGUAUCGACCACAGACGGUGUGGGAACCAAAUUAAAAAUUGCUCAGGCUAUGAAUUUACAUGAUACUAUCGGCGCAGAGCCUUUAUUUUUCCUUGAUUAUUAUGCAUGCGGUAAAUUAGAAGUUGAUGUCGCACAAACUGUAGUGAAAAGCAUCGCUGCUGGAUGUUGUGAAUCUGGAUGCGCUUUACUUGGCGGUGAAACUUCGGAGAUGCCCGGCGUUUACAAUCAUGGUGAAUACGAUUUGGCAGGAUUCGCAGUGGGAGCUGUAGAACGUGGAAAUGUUCUUCCACGUAUAUCAGAUAUAAAAGUUGAUGAUGUUCUCAUAGGAAUUUCAUCAUCAGGCAUACAUUCAAAUGGAUUUUCAUUGGUUCGUAAAAUCAUCGAUAAGCACAAUUUUGAAUAUAAAUCGCCAUGUCCAUGGAAUCCAACAAUUUCUUUAGGUGAAAGUCUUCUCAUUCCAACAAAGAUUUAUGUCAAACAGUUGUUGCCUGUUGUCAAAAGGGGGCUUGUAAAAGCAAUGGCACAUAUUACUGGAGGGGGUUUUAUAGAUAAUAUACCAAGAAUUUUACCAAAAGAUAUUGGAGUUAUCAUAGAUUCGAAUGCUUGGGAAUUGCCGAAAGUAUUUAAAUGGUUGAAAGAAAAUGGAAACAUCCCUUCAGACGAUUUAUUCAGAACAUUUAAUUGUGGAAUUGGAAUGGUUUUAAUAGUGUCAUGUGAUGAUGAAAUCAAAGUUAAAAAAUUACUUGAAGAAUAUGAAUCCGAUGUUUAUACAAUUGGAAGAGUUGUAACUAAACAAGCGAAUAAUGAUAAACACGUAGUCAUUAAAGGAAUUUAA